UCUCGCGUCUUAUGGGCACCAGUUCGUGCGCAAUGUCACCUAUGCAGUCGUCCAUGAAUCAUGUAAACAUGUCAGCAUUGGGUGGUUUAGAUCAGAAACCACCGGGUGUCCAGUUUCCUAUCACGCAACGACGUAAACGAAGAGUGUUAUUUUCUCAAGCACAAGUAUAUGAAUUGGAACGCCGGUUUAAACAGCAGAAGUACCUAUCGGCGCCUGAACGGGAACAUCUUGCCAGUAUGAUAAAUUUGACUCCAACGCAG